AUGGCCUUUGCCGACGCCUACCUAGGCGACUCGGACGCAGACGAUGAGUAUGAGCGGAGCGUAGUAAUAUCGCCUCACCUUGCCGAGGACUCCGAAGCCUCUCCAACGGACUCUGAAGGGCCUUCGACGGAAAAUACUCCUACUUACGGCAAGACCGAUGAGCGUGGCUCGCCCAAGGCCGUCAUAACCGAUUGGACAGCAGAGGAGUGUGCCAAAUUCGUGGGGAGUCUGGGCCUGCUGCAGUACCGUGAAGCGUUUCUGGAAAACGAGAUCGUUGGAGAGGCCCUCAUUGCUUUAAAACACGAUGAAUUAAAGGAGAUCGGAAUAUCCAGCGUUGGACAUCGGCUGACCAUCCUUAAAAGUGUAUACGAAGCGAAAGUAAAGCAAGGUGUACCUAUAGACCCUGACCAUUAUGUUCCUCUAUCGGCGGAUAAGAGCAACGCGAAAGACGCUGCUACCCAGGACGAUAUUGCCCUUCUCAUCCAAUCCAUCAGACGGCGAGACGACAGGCUCAUGGCUGCAGAAGCAGAACUGCGGAAGCUCGCAGAUGACUAUCGGAGGCUCCGUGAGGAAUUGCUACCGGUUUUCAAAGUCGCAAAGGACAAAUCAGCACCCUUACCAUACCAACCCCCGUCAGCUGUAUCAUAUGGUGGAUCCACCGCUACCGCAUCCGAAUCAUAUAUCCACGACCCUGCAACCUCACCCUCAUUCCUUGGCCAGGAGAAGGCCGGCAGUGGUCUCACUCGAACAAUCUCAAGGAAACUCUUCGCCGGCGGCUCUACCCCAAAGACCAAUUCCCCCACGCAUAUACCACAGUCCAUACCUGAAGGGAGAACCUUCUCAGACUCAUCCACCCUUGAUCCAUCCGCAGCUGCCAUGGCGGCCUCUUCUCACCUCACAGCUUCUAUGACCAGUGGCCAGCCCUCCCCCAAGGGCAUGCCAUCACCCACCUCUCCCAACAGCUUCUACACCCAGCAAACUCUAGCCUCACGAUCAUACACCCGCGACCCUCCAUCCUCCACCAAUAACCGCACAGCUUACGAUCACUCCGAAGAAUCACAAGGACAGCAAAGACAAGACCUCUCCGGCAACCAGACCUCAAACUCUUCAAGCCGACAAGAGCAUCCCGCCAUCAGCACCUCCAGGAGUGGAGGAUCAAGCGGCAGUGGGGGCCAAUCAUCCAACAAUGCACAAAAUUCAUCAGAUUCAGGCCCCAGUGUCGAGAUAUUCAAAUCCUUCCGUGUCUCGAUGGAUGACCCAUGCUAUAAAGUUCUUCCCGCCGCACUUAAGAAAUACAAUAUCCACGAAGAUUGGCGGCUAUAUGCUUUAUAUAUUGUCUAUGGCGACCAGGAGCGGUGCCUAUCACUUGAAGAGAAACCCCUAAUCCUAUUCAAACAACUUGAUAAAGAUGGUCGUAAGCCAAUGUUCAUGCUUCGACGACAAGCACAAAUGGUAGACGGGCAGGUCCCUGGCAUAUAUACCUCAGGAAACGGCGGUGGAACGACAAUUGGCUUCCCACCUGGCGGCAGUGGCUUCGACUCUGGCAAUACCAACACAUCUAUCUCUUUGGGCGGACUACCUUCUGGGGGUUCAGGUGGUCAACCAAGUGCCAGUCUAAGAUCGCAGCCUACACAACAAAAUUCUAUACAGUUACCUGGCGGAGUCUUAUAA